AUGGCACUAAAGAUAGUGCAAAUUAAUCUGAAGCACUCAAAGUGUGCUUCAGACAAUCUACGGGUUCUCCUAGCCGAGGAAAACCUGGACAUUUGCCUGGUUCAAGAACCCUGGGUCACGGACUCAGAAGUUAAAGGGUUCCCAGCAUCUACAUACAACAUACUAUAUGCAAGAAGUAAUGGUAGGCCACGAUCAUGUCUAAUUGCUAAAAAAUCGAUUAACAUUUUUCUUUGUACACAGCUUAGCUCAGAAGACCUAACAGUCGCAAAGGUCGAGCUACCGCACAACAGAAGCUUCAUGAUUGCCUCAAGCUAUAUGGCACACGAGAAGACAGCACCACCAGACGAAGUGAGCGAUCUCCUGGCCGUAAUUGAGACAUCUGACGACAUAAUCCUAGGCUGUGAUGCCAAUGCAAGGCAUACAAUCUGGGGUAGCAGCGAAACUAAUGAAAGGGAUUUUAUAACCAUCUACCACCAAGAAGAAAAACUCUGGAAGGGUUUGGAUAAACCUAAACUUUGCAAUGAUAAUAUUUCUGCUGGAGCAAAGGCCUUAGAAGUAUUACGCUCUCAAAAUCCACAAGAUAUAAUGCAAAUAUCUGAUAGUGAAAAAACCACAAUGACCUAUGGUUCAGCCCUAAAAGCAGCCAUUAAAAUAGCUGAAUAUUUUAAAAGUCUUUCAUUAAACGCCGAUGAUGUGGUGGGGAUAUUAGCACCCGAUACCACCUAUGUUAUGCCAGUGGCUUUGGCUUCGUGGUUUAAUGGUACACCUUUUCAGGCCAUUAAUUGUAAAUGGGAAACGGCUGUUGUUCGUAAUCUUUAUGAGUUUAGUCGUCCCAAAAUUAUAUUCUGUGAUGGUUUACAAUAUGAAAAAGUGAAAGCAGCUUGUGAGAAUUUCAAACCUUUAAUAUAUACUCUGUGCAAUCAUUUGGAAAAUGUCCCACAAAUAGAAGAUUUAUUGCAGCGGGUAUCAGGGUAUGAGGAGAAUUUGUAUCAAGCUGAACCGCUAAAAUAUGGCAGUAAACAAACUAUGGUCAUAAUGGUAUCAUCCGGUACUUCUGGUAUGCCGAAAGGAGUUUGUGUACCCAAUAGUACGUGUAUAACAGAUUUUGGUUUUACAAAUGACACUACUAAAAUGUUUUCUACUAGUAGCAUAGAUUGGUCUAGUGGUCUUUUAACCUUUAUGGCCAAUGUUUUAGUAGGUGGAACACGCAUUAUAACCCAACAACAUUUUACAGCCGAAUAUUUGCUACAACUUAUAGUUAAAUAUAAAAUUAACUUUCUUUCCACAAAUCCCUCAAAUUUGUUACAGGCUUCACUUUUAAAGGAAUACACACCCGAAACCAUGCAAAGUAUUAAAUUAAUAUUUACUGCAGGAUCCCAUUGUUCAGAGUUAAAUCUAGAACGUAUGCGUUCAGCCUUAACUAAAGGUUUAUUAUUUUAUGGUUAUGGUGGCACUGAAACCGGAGGUGUAGCCGGUAGAUUAAACUCUAAUAAACCCAAAUCAGUGGGUAGACUUUUGCCAAAUGUUCAGCUGAAAAUUGUGAAUGUAAAUAAUGGUGAGCGUUUGGGUCCCAACGAAAUAGGAGAGAUUUGUGUUAGACAUAAUUAUGAAUGGUGUGGUUACUAUAAUAAUGCUAAAGCUACUGCUGAUACUUUAGAUUCCGAAGGUUUCAUACAUACUGGUGAUUUGGGUUAUAUGGACGAGGAUAACUUUUUAUUUUUAACCGGUCGUUGCAAGGAUAUAAUGAAAUAUUUAGGUUUUCAAUAUUCUCCUAAUGAUAUUGAAGAGAUUAUAGCUGAAAUGGAGGAUGUGGUAGAUGUUUGUGUCUUUGGAGUUUAUGAUGAAGUAAAGCAAGAUGUUGCAGCAGCAGCAGUGGUUAAGAGAGAGGGUAGCACUUUAACGAAACAGCAGGUUAUUAAAUAUGUGGAAAGUAAAACAGAGGUUCAGCAUAAAAGAAUACAUUAUGGUGUAUUUUUUGUAAAGGAAUUACCCAGAAAUCAUAAUGGCAAACUUUUAAGAGAUAAAAUUAAGAAAAUAUGUUUGGAAAUGGAAAGAUGUGAUAAGAAUGAAUGAUUAUUAAACUUAAGAGACGCAGUAAACUUGAAAAACUCAGGAGUAGAUGUUAUUUACUUAUUAACUUUGUUAAAAGUAUAAAAAAUUUUAAAAUAAAUGGUUUUAGGUAUUAUUAAUUUUAUAAGAAUCUACAAUCUUACUAAAUCUAAAAUCUUACCUUUUACCCUGCAAUAAAAAGCUACCGACAUCUUUCUCUUGAUAAUACUGCUUUUCUUUACACAUUUUUCUUUAAUUUUGUAUUUAAUUUAAAAUUUAUUGGUUUUAUGUCUUUAUCAAAAUGUUUAUAAAUUUCUAAUAAUUUUAUAAAUUUUAUAAUUUUAUUUCAUUUCACAAUUGGUUUUUUAAUAAAUUUUCUUUUUUUUUUUUUAAAUCGAAAUUUAAAUUACUCAACGGAUAUAAAAAACACGGUUGAAACAUAAUAAAAACAAGCGCUGCCACCUUUAAACAAAUGGCAACACUAAACGCGACGCUAUCAUUGCUCUCUCACAUUAUGCUCUCACUGAAUAGCAACAAGUACCGUUACAAAAUUUCUUUAACAAAUUUUACCUCUAACUUUACACACAAAUUUAACACUUUUAACUUUAAAUUUUCACAAAACUAUCACU